AUUAACUCUAAUCAGUACUACCUGCUUAUUCUGUGUUUACUUCAUGUUCUGUUAGGUCUGGGCUUCCCGGUGAUCGUCAUUCCCUUGAUGGGGCUUCAGGAGAUGGACUCCCUUAAAAGAAGGAGAAGCCUGUCGGGUUCUGUGGCCCACCUGGCAACUCCAGCCAUCUCCUACAUCUACAACUGCUUGAGGAGCCAGGAACCUCUCCUGUGGGGCCAGUCCAUGCAGCAGGACGCAGAGAGCAUCAGUAAAACAGUGAGUGAGACAGACCGUGGAGCUGUCUCAGUGGCCGUUGAAGGAGUCUUAGAGCUUCUGGAGGCUUUUAAUAAAAGAUCAACACAGGUUCCAAAAGCCAUCUCUUGCCAUUUUGAUGAGCCUGCAAUGUCAAUCAGGAAGCCAAAUCUUCCUACAGAGGGAGAAUCCACCUGUGAUGUCGUCAUGAGUGAUGACGACAAGAACGAAGACUCUCACCAGGAAGCAUGGACUGUGUUUGAGAAGAUGUUUUCUCAUUUCUCGGAAGUGUUCAAAGCUCUGGGCUGUGACCCUCACACCAGUCACUGCGUUCAGCCAGAGGGAGGUCCUCCACCACCACAGGAAGUCUUGGCCUGUUUGCAAAAUCUGUCCAUCAUGCCAUCGUGUUGGGGGAGGGCUAUUAGCCAGGACAGCUCCCCGGAUGAUGGUUUUGGCCCAUAUCGGUCUGCUUACAGGAUGAUGGGAGGCUUCUCCUCGUCCACCCGGGACAAGGCUGGCGUGGUCCCGCUCUGA